AUGAGCGGAAUAAAAAAGGACCCUUCGUCCGGGAUGAUGGAGUGGAUCAGCUCAGCUUGUCGUUUUGCGACAGACAGAAACGACUUUAGAAGGCAAGAUGAUGUGGAAAAUGUAUUUGUUUUGUCAUUUGAAGUGAAUCUUCUGGUCAACUUAGGUCUGUUUGCUGCUGGUGUUUGGGUUGCACGAAAUCUCUCUGAUUUUGACCUGAUGACUCCUCAGCCUGUGACAUAA